AAGCUGAAGAAGGAAACACUAUCAAUCCACACUUGAACAUGAGAGAGGUUGCUGUGAAAUUCUGUAUCAUUUUGUUGCUCCUGAUCUCUCCAUCAGUUUUGGCUUCCAAGAAAAAACAGAAAUAUCACAAACCUUGCAAACAGUUUGUGCUCUAUUACCAUGACAUUCUCUUUGGUGGAAUUGGUGGCAAUGAUCCAGUUAAUUCAACAUCUGCAGCAGUCACAAAUGUAACCAAGUUAGGCAACUUCAACUUUGGAAUGUUAGUUAUUUUUGAUGAUCCUAUGACUAAAGACAAUCGUCUGCUAUCACGUCCGGUUGCACGAGCUCAAGGGUUCUAUUUCUAUGAUAUGAAGACUGAUUAUGAUGCUUGGUUCGCUUACACUUUGGUUUUCAACUCGAGCGAGCAUAAAGGUACUCUAAGUAUACUGGGUGCAGAUACGAUGAUGGAGAAGACGAGGGAUCUUUCAGUAGUUGGAGGGACAGGAGACUUUUUCAUGGCGAGAGGGAUUGCAACAUUUGAGACUGAUACUUAUCAGGGCAAAGGAUACUUCCGCCUCAAGAUGGAUAUUAAGUUGUAUGAGUGUUACUAGAAUAUGUACCACUAUCACCAGUAAGUUUGAUAUGUUUUCUGUGUAAUA